GAAUGAAGAAAAGUACAAAGGUUACAGGGAAUAAUACUUAAAAAUAGAAUGUAAAAUCACCUACAAAGAAGACAACAGAAGUUUAAUAAGAUUCAAUGUUAUAAAGUGGAAGAGAUUGGGCAAAAUAAUCAUAUAGAAGUUCAUAGAGUCCAUCUUAACACAGUCCUUCAGGUAUUAGUCCUACAACAAAGCGUAUGUCAUCUUCUGCAGUGUAGAUUCCUUAAAACAUUAGAAUAUAGAAGAGACAUUCAUCAAUAGUAGCUAAAGGAACAGAAAUGCAUUAGAGAUCCGUAAUAAAAUAUUUAGGUUUGAAUUUAGAACCUGUAUGUGAUAAAAAGAAUCAUGAAAAAAAUAGAUUGAUUUAUAUUUGUUAGAGUCCAUUAUGUAAAGCUUAAAAAAGAUUGGGUUGUGCAUAUUGUUUACUAGAGGAACAUAACAAUCAUGAAACUAUUGAAGUACAAUAAUUUUGCAAGCUUUUUGAUGAAAAAUAUAGAGUAUUUUAAGAAUAAUGUGGUUCUAUAUAAAAGAUGCCUGAGAGGGGGUAAGAAAUAAAAUAGAAAUUUGAGUAAUUAUAAAAAGAAAUAGUAUAAAAGUUAAAAUAAAUAGAAUAAGGAAUAAUAUGUGCAGUAAAUGGUUUUUUAUUUUGGGAAAAUAAAGAGAAUGGAUUAAAUGAAUAAGUAGAGUAACUUAUAAAAAAAAAUAUUUAUGAUAUGUCCCAAGAGGAAUUAUUUGAAAGUAUAGAAUUUAUAAAAGGAAAACACAUAAGAGAAAUAACACAAAUAGCUACUUAAACGAAUAUGAUAGUAAAGAAAAGAACAAUACAAUUAGAUUUAAGUUGGUAAACAUACUUUCCUUAAUUGGAGUCUGAUAUCAUGUAUGCUUUAGAUGACAAUAAAGAAUUAUUUAUAUAAGACUAAGAUUUGAAUUUAAUUAGAUUAUAGAAAAUAGAAAUGAAAUAAUAAAGAUUGGAUGGAAUAUCAUAAUAGAUUAAAGAAUAGCUAUAAAAUAAUGGAAUAUAAUAGAAGAUUCCAGGAUUUAAAUAAGAAGAUAUUAAUUUAAUGAACAGUAUAGUAAGUUCUGCUUUGGAUAAAGUAGCGAGUUUACCAGAAAUUAAUAAUGAAUUCAAUAACCAUUUUGAUUCUCUGCAUACUGAUGGAUAAACUGAAUAAGAUGUAGAUGAAUCUCAAUAGAAAAUAUAAGAAAGUGUAAGUACUUUUCCACAUACUAUUUAUACUUAAGAUUGUGAACAUAGAUAACCAUGUAAUACUAUACCUAUAUUUGCAUGUUGUAAUAAAGCAUAUCCUUGUGCAUAAUGUCAUGGAUAUAAGUUGCAUCCACCUAAAAUAUCUGUGCCUAGCUAUAGAUAUUGUAUGAAAUGUUUAGAAAUCUACCUAGUCAUCUAUCCUACCAAUUAGGCUGUCAAUUGUCUAAAAUGCUCAUGA